AUGACAUCGCCACACGCGAAAAAAGCCGAGAAAAUUCGAGAGGAGCUUGGGAGACAGUACAAAGACAAGGAUUUCAGAUUCCCCACUGAAUACACUGCCGCUGAAGCCGCCAAUUUUCUCGAUAUCCAAAAGAGAAUGUUCGAGAAGCGAGAGAGGCUCCGAUCCGACGACCGUGACCAGGACAUCUUACCUGACGACGUAUACGCGAACGAAGUCGAUCUCCUCGAAGAUGCAUUACCAACAGCUGAGGGCCAAGAGAAGUUCUGGUUGUGGGUACACAAUAAUGAUUGCAAGAUCCGUACGAUGCCUAAAGCCGGGGCAUUUCAGGACUACUUCAAAGCUCUCGCUCAAACUGAUUACUCAGACAAGGUUUCUCUAAGGGAACUGUUCACAGUACUAAAGACACACGUUUACCCAUACAUACCCGCGGGAUCCUACAACGGUUAUCGCUAUCGCAUCGUCCCAUCCCUCACCCCACUGGCCCCUGAUGAGGAGCUGGUCGACUGGGAGGACCCACGUCAGGUUGCCACCGAUCCAAUUGUAGCUAUCGACCUAGCAGGACAGAUAAUCCACUCUUCAGACGAGGUCGAGGACCGCAACCGAAGGAGGCGUGCUGACAUCUCAGAGGAAUCUUAUUUCAGUAGCUCCAGCAACAACAGCACCAUCCUAGGUAACAGUCUUACUGGAUUCGUAUGCUUUCAAGUUGGAGAGCUUCGUGCAGCUGAGGAGGAGAAUUGGUCAGACAACGGCAAGCUACCCAAGGGACAGGACGUCAGCAAGAUUCUAUGGGAGCGCACAGACUGGGUCUUGGUCUUGGUCAUCAGUGCUGAGAGUACUGCCGGUGCUGUUUGGCUGCUACAGAAUUUCAAUCCAACAAUCGAGCACACAUCCGAUCAGUACACGAUCACCCCAGGAGAUCCAGAAGACCCUUAUGGGUGGGGUUACUUUGAGGGCGAGCGACAGUUGGAUCUGGUGCCGAUGCAACGUGGUGGGGUGAAGAUCGCGCACAAGAUCACUGAUCUCACCGAGACUAGGGAGUGGACCAUGGAUGAGUACAUUACAGGAAAGUACGAGAUAGUGCAAGCAGUACUCGCGGACCGUGAUGAGGGCAAGUCACCAGUCAUUGUCAGGCAGCUGCCAAGAUUCGAGUCCCAGGAUGAUUCGUCUCCAGACGUCUCGAGGCUCCGCAUUGAGGAUGAUUAG